AUGGCGAUCAAGCACAACAACCAGAUUCUCAACCAGCACUUCCACAAGGACUGGCAGCGUCGUGUCCGCGUGCACUUCGACCAGCCUGGCCGCAAGCACCGCCGUCGUGAGGCUCGUCUCGCUAAGGCUGCCGCCGUUGCUCCUCGUCCGGUUGACAAGCUGCGCCCCGUUGUGCGCUGCCCUACUAUCAAGUACAACCGCCGUGUUCGGGCUGGUCGUGGUUUCACCCUUGCUGAGCUGAAGGAAGCUGGUAUCCCCAAGAAGCUCGCUCCCACCGUCGGCAUCGCCGUUGACCACCGCCGUGUCAACUACUCCAAGGAGUCCCUCGUCGCCAAUGUCGCCCGCCUCAAGGACUACAAGGCUCGCCUGAUCCUCUUCCCCCGCAAGAGCGGUCAGUUCAAGAAGCUCGACUCUUCUGCCGAGGAGGUAAACGCCGCCAAGGCUGCCUUCGCUGAGGGCAAGACCGAGGGCUUCGUCACCCGCGUCAACCCCACCCUCCCCAUCAAGAACGUCUCCGCCGCCGAGGCCGUCACCGAGGUCAAGCGCGACGACCUCCCCAAGGGUGAGGAGGCUGCCUACCGCCGCCUCCGUGAGGCCCGCUCCGAGGCCCGCUACAAGGGUGCCCGUGAGAAGCGUGCUAAGGCCAAGGCUGAGGAGGAGUCUGCUGCCAAGAAAUAA